UCUGAAAAAGAAAAAAACCCACGUCCGCGCCAUUGGGUUUUAACUCUCUCACCGCCACCACCGGCCGCCGUUAAUUUCCGUAAAGCGCGCCGCGGAAAAGCCACUUCCGGUGAGUUCAGGGGAGGAGGGAAGUGAGAAUUAACGACAGAAAAUGAGGAAGAAAGUAGACGAACGCAUCAGAACCCUAAUUGAGAAUGGCGUCAAAGCGCGCCACCGCUCCAUAUUCGUUAUCAUCGGCGACAAGUCACGCGACCAGAUUGUGAAUUUGCAUUAUAUGUUGAGCAAAUCGGUGGUCAAGUCGAGGCCGAGUGUGUUAUGGUGCUACAAGGACAAACUUGAGCUUAGCAGUCAUAAAAAGAAGCGUGUCAAGCAAGUGAAGAAGCUAUUGCAGAGAGGGCUGCUCGACCCGGAGAAGGCUGAUCCUUUCUCGCUUUUUCUUGAAACUGCAGGAAUAACUCAUUGCUUGUACAAAGAUUCCGAAAGAAUUCUCGGUAACACUUUUGGCAUGUGUAUAUUACAGGAUUUUGAAGCUUUGACACCAAAUCUCCUGGCUAGGACUAUUGAAACUGUUGAAGGUGGUGGAUUGAUAGUAUUGCUGCUUCGCUCUCUUUCCUCACUCACGAGUCUUUACACUAUGGUUAUGGAUGUCCAUGAGAGGUUUCGUACAGAAUCUCAUUCUCAGGCUUCGGGGCGAUUUAAUGAACGUUUCUUGCUUUCACUUGCUUCAUGCAAAUCUUGUGUAGUCAUGGAUGAUGAGUUAAACAUUCUACCAAUUUCUUCCCAUAUGAAAUCAGUUACCCCAAUUCCAGUUCUAGAGGAUUCCGAAGGGCUUUCUGAAGCUGAUAGGGAACUGAAGGAUUUGAAGGAACAACUGAACGAUGAUUUUCCUGUUGGUCCUCUAAUUAGAAAGUGCUGCACAAUGGACCAGGGAAGGGCUGUCAUUACCUUUCUCGAUGCAAUUCUGGACAAGAGCCUUCGAAGCACAGUAGCUUUACUUGCUGCUCGUGGUCGUGGAAAGUCGGCUGCUCUUGGUUUAGCAAUUGCUGGAGCUGUUGCAGCUGGAUAUUCUAAUAUUUUUGUGACUGCACCAAGCCCUGAGAAUCUGAAAACUCUAUUCGAAUUUGUAUGCAAGGGAUUUGAUAUGCUCGAGUACAAGGAGCACAUGGAUUAUGAUGUGUUGAAAAGCUCAAACCCUGAUUUUAAGAAAGCAACUGUGCGGAUCAAUAUCUACAAACAGCACAGACAGACUAUUCAGUACAUACAACCACAUGAACAUGAAAAGCUAUCGCAAGUAGAAUUGUUGGUUGUUGAUGAAGCGGCAGCUAUACCUUUACCAGUUGUGAAGUCCUUGCUUGGUCCAUAUCUUGUCUUCCUUUCGUCGACGGUGAAUGGUUAUGAAGGCACUGGAAGGUCUUUAUCUCUAAAACUGCUCGAGCAACUUAAGGAGCAAAGCCAUAUAUCAAGUAGAAGCACAGAGACUUCUGUUUCAGGCCGAUUCUUCAAGCAGAUUGAUUUGAGUGAAUCUAUCAGAUAUGCUUCUGGUGAUCCAAUUGAAUCCUGGCUUAAUGGUUUGCUUUGUCUGGAUGUAACAAAUUCCAUCCCUAAUAUUAGCAGGCUACCCCCACCCAGUGAAUGUGAUCUCUACUAUGUCAACCGAGAUACACUAUUCUCGUACCACAAAGACAGUGAACUAUUUUUGCAGAGGAUGAUGUCUCUGUAUGUUGCUUCUCACUACAAGAAUUCUCCAAAUGAUUUGCAAUUAAUGGCUGAUGCUCCAGCUCAUCAAUUGUUUGUGCUUCUUGGUCCUGUGGACGAGUCCAAAAAUCACCUUCCUGAAAUUCUGUGUGUCCUUCAGAUAUCUUUUGAGGGAAAAAUUUCUCAUAAAUCUGCUCUGAAGAGUUUAAGUGAUGGCCGUCAACCCUCUGGAGAUCAAAUACCCUGGAAAUUUUGUGAACAAUUCCGGGACACAGUUUUCCCAAGUCUUUCAGGUGCUCGCAUUGUACGGAUUGCCACACAUCCAAAUGCAAUGAGGCUUGGAUACGGUUCGGUUGCUGUUGAUCUGUUGACGAGGUACUUUGAGGGUCAACUGACUCCGAUCUCCGAAUUAGAUGAUGAAGAACUUCCUAAGGAUUCUGAUGUCGGAGUCAUUGAGGCUGCAGAAAAGGCAUCUCUGCUUGAAGAAAAUAUAAAGCCAAGAACUAAUCUUCCUCCGAUGCUUCUACCUCUUCGUGAGCGGAGACCAGAAAAGCUCCAUUACCUUGGAGUCUCAUUUGGGCUUACUCUAGAUCUAUUCCGCUUCUGGAGGAAACAUAAUUUUGCUCCAUUCUACAUUAGCCAUGUUCCAAGUAGCAUGACCGGUGAACACACUUGCAUGGUUCUGAAAGCAUUACAUAAUGAUGAUAUCGAAUCUUCUGGCUCCGGCCCGUUGGGGUUUUUCAGCCCAUUUUAUCAAGUGUUCCAGAAGAAAUUCACAAAAUCAUUGUCUCGUGCAUUUCGUCAAAUGGAGUACAAGCUUGCCAUGAGUGUUUUGGAUCCAAAAAUCAAUUUCUCAGAGGGGGAUAAUACUCCACCGCCUCCCUCUGAUGGAUUUUUAAAUUCAAUCAGUGAAACACUAUCAUCAUAUGGCAUGGAGCAACUGGAAGCAUAUACAAACAAUCUUGUUGACUAUCACAUGACUGAAGAUUUUGUUGAUGAUCUUGCUCGUGGAUAUUUCUGGGGGAAAAUUCCAGUUACAUUGUCGUACAUCCAGGCUUCUAUUUUGCUCUCCAUGGGCUUGCAAGGAAAAAGUAUCUCCUGUAUUGAGGGAGAGUUGAAGUUGGAAAGGCAGCAGAUAAUGUCUUUAUACAUGAAAGUCAUGAAGAAGUUCUACAAAUACUUGAAUAGUGUAUCUUCAAACGAGACUCGUCCAACUGUCUCUCGACUAAAAGAUAUUACUUUGGAACCCCAUCCAGUAUCAGUGGAUGACGAUCUGAACAAGGCAGCAAAACAAGUCCAGGAUGAUAUGAAUGCGAAGAUGGCCGGUCAAAUGAACCCAGAGUUACUACAACAGUAUGCCAUUGUCGAUAAAGAAGCUGAUUUCGAAAGUGCUUUGCGAAAUGGCAGUGGAAAAAUUCUCUCUGGGGGUACGAUUAGCAUAAAAUCGACUACAAGUAAGAUUGAGAAGAAGCAGGGGAAGCAAACAGAGAACGAAAAGAGUGAUAAAAAGAGAGGUAAACAUGACCAUAGUUCCAAAUCAAACAAGAGGAGAAAAUCAUGAGCCCUAAACGCAAGGUUAUAAUUUUAUUAUUACAAUUUUUACAAUGACUUUCGCUGUUAAUUUAUACAUGUCGUGCAUUCUGUACGAUGUAGAAUUCGAUUCCGUAUAAUUUGGUACUAUAUUUAACUUUGCAUUUGUCUA